UGGUCGCGCGCCGAUGACGUCAUUUUUAAGCUCACAAGUGUGGCUGACAGAAGUCAAAAGCCACACUUUUAGAAGUGAUAUUGAUUAUAUUAGGGAAUAUCUUUAAUUGCCUAUUCGUUUACAUAAGAUGUCUUCUCUUCUUAAGGUGGAUAAUGAAAUCAAAACCAAGGUUGAUGCUUUUAGGGAACGGAUCACAUCAGAAGCAGAGGACCUAGUAGCAAACUUCUUCCCAAAGAAGCUAUUGGAACUUGAUCAUUUCCUUAAGGACCCCAUUAUAAACAUCUGUGACCUGAAGGAGAUUCACUCCGAGAUCAACCUCACUGUGCCUGAUCCCAUUCUCAUAUCGGAUCUGCAUGACGGACUUGAAGCACAAAAUGCGAAAAAGAGGAAACUUGAGGACGGAGCUGGCGAGGAUAAGAUCCCUGGCACCAAGGUGUUCGUCAUGCCGGGGGGGAUGAUGAAGAGCAACGCAAAGCUGGUCGACCUCAUUGAGAAGGUCAAACCAGAGAUCCGGACACUCAUUGAGAAGUGUAACACGGUGAAGAUGUGGGUCCAGCUCCUCAUCCCCAGGAUCGAGGACGGGAACAACUUCGGGGUUUCCAUCCAGGAGGAGACGGUGGCCGAGCUCCGGACGGUGGAGGGGGAGGCGGCGUCGUACCUGGACCAGAUCUCCAGGUACUACAUCACAAGAGCCAAGCUGGUGUCCAAAAUAGCAAAGUACCCCCAUGUGGAGGACUAUCGGCGCACCGUUACAGAGAUCGAUGAGAAGGAAUACAUCAGUUUGAAGAUCAUAGUGUCUGAACUAAGAAAUCAAUAUGUGACGUUACACGACAUGAUCCUGAAGAACAUUGAGAAGAUCAAGAGGCCUCGAAGCAGCAACACGGACGCAUUAUACUGAUGCUGCUCAACCAUCAACCACCUCUGUUCAACCCCAUACCGUUACAUGUUGUAGCUCGCUAGAAGAAGGAUUAGUGCUAGACAUUCACCCACUCAAUCAAUACAGCCCAGUCCAAACCUUAGCUUCAGUCGUUGAAUCAGUGUACAGUGUUGUUCUUUUUCUGGUAUGUUUAGUUAGUUUUUAAAUUGUAAGUAUUGUUCUUUUUUAAUCCCUUUAAAUAUGAUCCAUCCGUUAAAUAGUUUUUUUUUAAUAUUAUCAAAAGUUUGUCCAGGUUCCUGUCAAACUGCCUCGUUUAUGGCGCAACCCGACAUUGUUAGACUUGGUUUGCUCCGCCUUGUUUGUGGCGUGACCCCCGCCAUCGUUUGAGACUUGGUUUGCUCCGCCUCAGUGAGCGCGUCCUGUUUUCGUAGACACUGAUCUGGAUCACCUGGGCGUGAACGCAUUGGGUUUGGGUAUUCAGUGUCACGCUGAAUAUCAUUUCAUGUAGUGCUAGGAUGAGGAAGACCGACUUACUUAACAGUAAUAUUAAAUUAUUGACGUUCAAGUUGUCGACGAACAUGCAUUCAUCAAUCUCAUGUUUUAAAGUGGUUGAAUUUAAUGAAUAAAACUUUUUGAAGGA